CUCGUACCGAAAAUGCGAACGACAAAAGAGGAAAGUUAAAAGAGUCGCUUAUUUAUUCAGCGGCUUCUGUGCACAGUACACAAGUUCGACGUGACGCAAAAGAAGACGCUCGAGUGCCGCCCCUGUGUACAAGUUCGUGACGUUCAGGCACAUUCAACCGUAAUAAAAACAACAGCAGCAGCAGAGAGACUAGAGAGGAGAGAGAGAUGGAAGGAUGGCGGUGACGUGCGCCGCGGCUCCGAUGUCGUCUGCGUGGCGCUCAAUUCGGCACUGACGUACAGGGAACCCCCUCCUUGGCAACAGGUUGCCCUCUCUCUCUCCCUUAUAUAUAUUCCUGCGGAUAUCAUCUGAAUAAGCAAAUUCGACGCCCCGACAGCACGAUCGAUUAUAGUACCCCCCAGACGCUAUAAUAAACAUCGCCCAGUUUUCCUAUCAAAGAAUCUGAUGCUUAAAUGUAAUGUCCCUAAUAUUAUAAAGCCUCCGUUGACGCCAUAUGCGCAGUUCCAGGUAAGAUAUGACCACUGACGCCAUCCGCAUAUGAAACGUCGGUUGGACUUUGCGACUUUUGAUCCGACGUGACGCAAGUAUUUCUUUCAGGAAAAACAAAAUCAAAAAAAGGAAAAAGGAUUUGGUCAAUUCUGAAUAAAACAACGACCAGAAGCAAAAAAACUGAAAAUCUUUAUCGAGCGACGUCGCAGCAGCGAUCGUAGUCGUCGCGUGGCUAAUGGCUUUGCACCCCGACGAUGGCAUCAGCUUUGCGCUUGUGCAGAUCUUUUCUUUGAUCCCCACGACGCCGACGCCCCGGAGCCAGCAGUCGAUCCCGGGCGUAUAUAUAUCAGGGCGGACACACGCAGUUCUUGCAAGACGACUCUGUGAAUCUGCUCCCUUUUUACUCUGCUCACUGACAAUUGUUUCUCUUGUUGCCAUACUCGUAUAUACCAAACAGUCCAGAAGAGACUCUUUAUAGUGUCGACCAACUGCUCGUCCACUGGGAUUGUUGUUUCACGCGCCCAGGAUGAAAAAGUUCCACCGUUCGAGACGAAUCGAAUCGACGUCAUCGUCGUCGUCGUUCCACUUUCUGCCGUCGACCGUCAACGGCCAUUCGGGAUCCUUGUGCCAUCAAGUUCCGGCUCUGCUGGGACUCGACUCGACGACGGCCAAGAUGACCCAUGGCCAUUUGCUGCUGGCCACACCACCCGGCGCUGCCACAACAAGAAACCGAUUGGCCGGCCAUCCCAACGCCGUCGGAAUGGCAGCCGGCCGCAAUAACAACAACAGCAGCAGCAGCAGCCGGGCAGCCAACGGUUUCUACAAGCGCCUCAUGGAGUGGCUCAGCCGCAAGAAGAAGAGCCACCGGCGCUACUCGGAAGUUGUCGAUCACAACUCAUCGGCACCGCCACCACCGUCGAUGCAACACUGCUGCAGUCAGGAGUCGCUUCACGGAUUCAUGGCCGUCGCUUCGGCCGGACGCAACCAGUCGGCCCCCAUGAUUUUCGACGUUUCGCGACCCGUCCAGCGCCAGUUGAACCAUUUCAACGGGAAGGCCAACCCGAGGAUCGAAGAAACUUCGUGCCCGUCGUUUUCCUCAUCUUCUUCCUCUUCAAUGUCGCCGUCCUCUUCUUCUCUUUCGUCGUCUUCCUCCUUGUCGUCGGCCCUCCUACCUCCGCCAGCAUCGCAAUCGCCGGCCAGCCAUCAGCGGCUGCAACUGCCGGCCGUUGGGGAAUCCCGGCUGGGUUUCGAGGCCCCGCCCACCACUCCGACCUCCAGCUACAAUCAGAGUGGCAUCAUCACGACCCACUUUGACAAACAGGAGAUGCUCCUCAGCGAAGCCGACAAGGAAAUCGACGCCGAGUGGAUCAUCCCGUGGAGCGACAUCCAAUUCGGUCAGAUCAUCUCCCAGAAAGGAUCCUGCACCAUCAACCGGGGCAAAUGGCACGGUGACGUCAUCAUCCACCAGUUCAAAUUGCAAAGCGACGUCGAGGUGAGCUCCUUCUGGUCGGACGUUCAAUCCUUGUCGAAAUUGCGUCACGAGAACCUCCUGCUCUUCAUGGGCAUCGCCAUCCCGUCGUUGGGUUCCAGUUACACGAUCGUCAACAGCGCACCGCGCGGAGUCUCCGUUGCCAAUUUCCGUCUCGGACUCAAAAACGGCAAACCCGAAAGGAUCGGAAUGCGAGCGGCCGUGAGCAUUUCCAGGCAGGUGGCGCAAGCGACGGGAUACCUUCACGCCCGUGGCAUCAUCCACGGCAAACUCAAUCCGCACAACAUCUUCCUGGAAGGAGACAAUUACCGUGUGAAACUUUCCCUGUUGGAUCACGGCCUUGUCGACACGGCCUCCCUACAAAUCGGCUACGGCUGCAUCCCCAAAACGCAAGUGAGCUACUACAGUCCGGAACUGGUCCGUUCCAUGAUUGUCGAGCCGCCGGAAGUGCAUUUCACCAUCCAGAGUACCAAGUUCAGCGACGUUUACGCCUUAGGGUCUUUCAUGUACGACCUGAUUUCCGGCAGUCCACCGUUCCAUCAGGAGCAUGUCGACUCGAUCCUGUGGCGGAUCGGCAACGGCCAGACGACUAGUCUCCAAGACGUCAACUGCAACGCCCGUCUAAAGUCUUUGAUGACAUCGUGCUGGGCGUACGAUGCGGCCGAGCGUCCCAGUUGCGUCGAAGUGGUCCGUCGUCUGCAGCCGUCGGCUCUCCUCUGCAAAUCGCAUUCGUGCUCGGAGCCGGAACGAUUAAACAGGCUCGGCCAGUGCAAACUAGCGUGCUAAACCUCUAUUAAAUCCCCCCCCCUCUCUCGUACAUAUAACGUAUGUAUACCGAAAUUCACGUGAGCUCUGUGUUGUGCAUACACGAAAUAUUUGUUGUAUUCAAUACUAAUCUCCCGUGUAGCCAAAAGAAAGAAAGAAAAUCCCCCAGUACCGUCGAUUUUUCUUUUUUCUUUUCUUUUCCCCCGUUCGUGUAAUAACGACAAAUGUUUUCAACAAAGAGCAUCUACCUCCAUCCAGUACUGUAGGAAGACAUGCACAUGCAGGGUAUCGCUAUAUGUACACAUGAUUGCGAGCUGUUUCUCCUCUUAUUAUAUACUCCCCUUCUCUCUCUCUGUGUGUAAUGUACAGUCGUCCAAUAAAAAAACGUAUCCGAGAAAA